AGCGCGUUUGUACGUAAUACUUCAGUGCAUCAGAAACAGUCAUUGUGUUAAGAUCUCUUUGUCAAAAUGAGCAACACUCGCAAAAAUAUGUCCUACUAUCGACCUUGGGGCUCGACGGAGAACGGUCAGAUAGAAUACGAGUCCUUGUCGGACGAUACCCUGGAGGGUGCUCUCAAUGUGAUAAGAAAGAGCUUCUUCCUCUACGAGAACGUAUGCAUAGGUGUGGAACUGAAUUCCGAACCGGGAGCAUCCAAGGAACUCGAGGAGCUCUGUUUGUACGCGGCUAAGGACGGCGUGAGUGUGGUGGCCAUCGACAUCACCACUAACGAGGUUGUUGGAGUCGCGUUCAACAAAAUCCAAGUAUCCUCCAAUAGUUCGGAGAAAAGCUUCUUCGAGUGCUUCAGUGAAAAUUGCCGAUACAAAUCAUCAAAGGCUUUGGUGGACUUCAUGAUAGACGUGGACUCGCGAACAAAUCUCUUCAAGCACUAUAACGUCAAUUGCAUUCUUGAGAUCAUGUUCUUGGCAACUCUGCCCAAUUAUGGAAAACGACGAAUAGGUGAAAUGCUGAUCGCUUCGUCGUUGGAAAUCGGUAAGGAACUGAGAUGUAGCAAAAACGUGAGGAUACCUAUUACGAUACAAGGCAGCAACAUAGUGACGAAUGCGAAUGCAGUGCCGGCCUUGGCCUCCGCUAUCAUGACGUCCAAUUAUUCUUAUCAAAUUGCGAUGAAAUUGCACUUCGACCAGCUUUUGGAUGUUCCGUACGAUGAGUACGAGUAUAAUGGAAAGAAAUAUAGCGAAAGAAUAAGCAAGGAACACCGACGGUGUGUCUUGGUAGCUAAAAGGCUUUCUCCGAUAUAGACAAUAAUCGUGCCAGUUUUAUAGUUAGGAAAUCGACUUACAUUGCAAAAUUUAAUUAGAUUUAGGAGUAAUGUACAAUAAAUGACUCAAGAAGUAAAUUAAAUUUUGUCCCAAAAAUCAAGAUGAUGCAUAUUAAGAUUAUUUAUUGA